AUGACGCUCUGCAAGACCAUCGCCGUCGUCAACGCCGCCGGCCGCCAGGCUGCCUCGCUGGUGCGCGUCGCCGCCGCCGUCGGCUACCGCGUGCGCGCCCAGAUCCACUCGCUCGACGGCCUCAUCGCCCGCGAGCUGCAGACCCUGCCCGGCGUCACCCUGCUCACCGGCCCGCUGCUCGACAACCCGCCGCUGCUCGCCGCGCUCUUCGACGGCGCCCACCUCGCCUUCAUCAACACCACCUCGCAGGCCGGCGACGAGGUCGCCAUCGGCCGCGCCCUCGCCGACGCCGCCAAACGCGCCGGCUCCGUCACCCACUUCGUCUACAGCGCCAUGCCCGACCACUCCGUCUACGACCCCCGCUGGCCCAGCCUGCCGCUCUGGAGCGCCAAGUUUGCCGUCGAGAACUACGUGCGCCAGCUCGCCCUGCCCGCCACCUUUGUCUUCGCCGGCAUCUACAACAACAACUUCACCUCCCUGCCCUACCCGCUCUUCUGCAUGGACCUGCGCCCCGACGGCUCCUUCGAGUGGCGCGCCCCUUUCCACCCCGACCUGCCGCUGCCCUGGCUUGACGCCGAGCACGACGUCGGCCCGUCCGUGCUGCAGAUCUUCAAGGACGGGCCCAAGAAGUGGAACGGCCAUCGGAUCGCCCUCGCCUUCGAGACCCUGACCCCGCGCCAGGUCUGCGCCGCCUUCUCUCGCGCCCUCGACCGCCCCUGCACCUACGUGCACGUCGACAAGAUCGACAUCCGCGUCUCCGUGCCCGCCGGCUACCGCGCCCAGCUCGAGGGCAUCGAGGUGCUCUUCGGCCAGAUGAACGCCCCCUUCUUCCCCAACCCCGAGUUCCACCGGCCCCUGUCCAAGACGGCCGCCACGCGCGAGCCCGACGAGUACGGCGUCGUCGCCCUGCCGCUGGUCGACGAGGCCCGCGAGCUGUGGGAGGGCUGGCGCAGCCUCGAGGAGUACGCCCGCGAAGUCUUCCCCGUUGAAGAGGAGGCCAAUGGCCUCGACUGGAUGCUGUAA